AUGAUAUUCGACCUAAAUGCAGACAGACAGCGAUGGUCCUUAGUGCUAAGGGGACACUGGACCCAGGGCGAGGCUAGCUCCUCGAGUUUUAGUCCCCAGGGGGAGAAACUUUGGACGUCCCAGUUGGGGCCUUGCCCCGCUAUCCUGCCUAACAGUACCCAACCAAAGGCCCAGACCCACGUGGACCUGGCCCUGUUCUGCCCCUUUGGACCGGUGGGGCUGAUCCUGGUCCUCACCCUGUGGCCCCGACCGCUGCAACGCAACCAAGACCCAACAACACUACCCCCUCGAAUUGCCGCCCAGGGGCUGCAUCUAAUAUUGCGGACACCAUGUGCACCAAAGUCAGACGGAAAGACUGCUCUCCCCCCGCUCUCACAGCUAUCUGCGCGGCUUCCAGACACAAGCUCGAUUUGUUUGCCGUCCUCCUGCUCAGCAUCACAGCCAAACAGAAGAUCUCUGAUCCGUUCCCUCAGCAACCCAUGCCAACGGUGAGCAGAGAGGGAAAUCCAGCCAAAUUGACAACAGCUGCUGCACCGAAGGGACAGAAUGCCACACAUCGACCAUUCCCGCCAGUGACAACCGAUCAGGCAGCCAAGCAAGGUACUCCAGCAACUGGGCCGACCUUACACUCACCUUACACCCAUCUUGAAUUGCGGCGGCCCCCAUAGAAUUAAGCGCAGAAUCCAGCUGCAAGCUUUACUGGACUCCGUCCAGCUACCUGCCUUGGCUGACACUAGCCUCCUAACGCUCAGAUUUGACAGCACCAACCUGGCACGGCUGCGACCCAGGGGAAUCCAGCGAGAAGUCAAGCGACAAGCCUUGAUGGAGUUUGCCCAGAUCACUACCUUGGCGGACACUCGCUCCCUGUUGCACAGAUACGGCAGAUCAGACAUUGGCUAA